AUGAAAACUGAUGAUGAUAGGAUUAUUAUUGUUCUUGAAUUGGCUCUGAUAGCAGAAGGAUGUGUGCUAAUUGGAAAUCCGGUAUCGGCUCAAAAAUCUUCAGGGCCUCCAUCAUCAUCAGGUGAUCAACCAGGAAGAGUCAAUGCAAGUCUUCAGUCAUUUGAAGCUGCUGCUGGAUCACCUGGAUCAGUUCCAUCAAGUGGGUUGUAUGCUAAUCAGAAUGCAGGCUUCCGCAACCCUAGAUCAGAAACUCCACAGCCUCAUAUGGGCGGUUAUUCUUGCCCCCCGCAGUCAGCAUACCAGGAACCAUCUCUGAUGUACAGUAACAGAGGAUCAGUUGCCAGGAAAGAAGCUCCUCCUAGGAUCGUUCCAAUUACUGCAUUGAAUCCAUACCAUGGUAGGUGGACAAUUAAGGCCAGGGCGAUGACAAAAGGAGAACUCAGGCACUAUAAUAAUACUCGUGGGGAUAGCGAAGUUCUCUCCUCUGAUCUUCUUGAUUGUGAUGGUGGAGAAAUCAGAGCAACCUGCUCUAAUCAAGUGGCUGACCAAUUCUACAACCAGAUUGAAGCUGGAAGGAUUUAUUUGAUUUCCAAGGGAAAUUUAAAACCUGCUCAAAAGAAUUUCAAUCACCUCCGUCAUGAUCUUGAAAUUUUCCUGGAGAGCACUUCAACCAUACAGCUGUGCUUUGAGGAUGACAGCACAAUUCCAAGUCAGCAAUCUCAUUUCCGUACCGUAAGUGAUAUUGAAGACAUGGAGAAGAACAAUAGUGUUGUUAAUCUUAUUGGCGUGGUAUAA